AUGUCGGACGAACAACACGAAAAUCAGGGCAACUUGUUCAGUGCGCAGGACGUUGAUGAACUCGCAGAAGAUGACCAGCUCGACGAGGAGAUGGCCGACGAAUUGGACCACAACGCCAACGACGACGCUGCACAGGAACAGCAGGACGACUCGGCAGACAAGCUGCCUGCUGCGUUGCCACAGUUCCCCGACCUCACCAGAAGCGACAAGACGUUAGAAGAAGUGUUGCAGAUGAUGAGCGACGACGAGUUCACGCCUAUUAUCCCAGACAGCGUGACCGACUACUAUCUGGCGAAAAACGGGUUCCAAACCUCAGACUUGAAAAUUAAGAGACUUUUGGCUCUGGCUACGCAAAAGUUCAUCAGCGACAUCGCCACCGACGCCUACGAAUACUCGCGCAUCCGGUCCAACACCGCCGUGUACAAUUCAUCGAACCCGCACGUGAGAGCGCGUGCCUUGAUGAUGGCCACCUCCAACAUGGCCAGUGCUCCAGACGACGCCGACGAGGGCGGUGUCCAGGGGGCUUCAGGGUCUGCCGGCGAAGCACAGUCGAGCACAGCACUCGGAGGAGGCAAUCAGCAGCAUAAUAACCAAAAAGUGUCGCUCACCGUCGAGGACCUCAGUAGCGCACUCGACGAGUACGGCCUCAACGUCAACAGACCGCAGUUCUACAGAUAA